UAGGUACAGUAUAGGCGUACACAUAGGCUUCACCAGGUGUAUAAAUACAGAAGCACAAGAUCUCAAAGUUAUCAGUUGUACAACAACCAGAAAUCCGAAUCAACAUGCAGGUCUUAUUCGUUCUCGCCGCCGCCUUGAUCGCCACCGUGGCCUCAAAUGCUUACUACCCCAAACCGGCCUACCCAGCCCCGGCUUACCCAUCUUACAGCAAGUCUUACGAUUAUGCCCCAAUGCCGUACAGCUUCGGCUGGGCCGUAAAGGACGACUACACCUACAACGACUACGCCCACCAGGAGACGGCCGAUGACAAGGGCUACGUCUCCGGCUCUUACAAAGUCAAUCUCCCCGACGGCCGCACCCAGACGGUCACCUACAAGGCCGACGACUACAGCGGAUACGUCGCCGAUGUCAAAUACGACGGAGAGGCCAAAUACCCCACCGAGUACAAGCCAUCGGCAUACAAACCCGCUGCCUACCCCAGUCCAGCUUAUCCUUCUUCUUACCCCGCUGCUUACCCCGCAUACAAACCCGCCUACAAACCCGCCUACCCAUCUCCAGCUUACCCCAAAUAUUAAGCGGAUGAGUGAUGUCUCUUGCCAAUAAUGGUCCCCAUAAUUUAAAAUUAUUUUUUAAAAUAGAGACAAAAUAAAAGUUCUUCUUCUAAAAGAAA